AUGUUCACUCGACCACUUGCCUGUCGCCUUCAUUCUCUUCGCACCUACGCCACUAAACGAAAAGUUAUUAAAGAAAACAAAGAUGCCAUCGAACUUCAAGAAGCCUUCCGCAUCCUAAAGGCUCUGGAAGUCGGUAACCCUAACCACCAGAUCGAAGCUCACGUUCAAUGUAAAAUCGAAAAAUCAACACCUCUUAUUCGUGGAUCACUUGUGCUUCCCAAGAGUAUCAAGCAAGAACCAACUGUGCUUGUGUUUGCGACGGGAAAGAAGGCUGAGGAAGCCAAAGCAGCCGGCGCUCAAAUUGUUGGUGGUGAGGAACUGAUUGAACAAAUCAAGGCCGGUGAACUCAAGUUUGAUAAAUGUAUUGCUACACCUCAAAUGUUUCCUGCUGUGACAAAGAUUGCUAAAAUUCUCGGCCCAAAGAAUCUUAUGCCAACCGUCAAGAAAGGAACUGUCACAGACGAUGUAGCUAAUGUUGUACGCAUGUCAAAGAGUUUGUUUGAUUUCAAAGCAGAUAAACACGGCGUUUUGCAUACAGGAAUCGGCAAAGUGCAUUUCCAAUCAAAUGAUCUUGAAGCCAACUUAAAAGCUAUUCUGGAAGAAUUAAGAACAUUUGGAAAAGCCAACAACUUAAAAGCUAUUAUUCAAAACGUUGUUGUAUCUUCCACACGUGGACCUGGUAUUGCUGUUGUUGGUGGAUCAAGUCUUUAA